AUGCGGGUGGCUCCUCUGGCACCGCUGUUGAGAACGGCCACCAGGUCGCAAUACAAGGCCAUCUCUACCAGGCCCUUUAUAAUAUCCCAGUCACAGAAGAGACAAUUCAACCUCCCAUCGCUAUCCUCAUUCGCACCGCAAUUCUCCGCGCCCGAACCACGCAGCCUUUCAGCAACCCGUACGCUUCCAUUCGGCCCAUCGCCUCUUUUCCAAACAAUCUCCUCGAUAGAUGCCUACAAAGAUUUCCUUCCUUUCCUUACAGAGUCAAAAGUGACUGCUCGCGAUCCCAAAACUGGAUUCCCCACGCGCGCAUACCUAACAAUUGGGUACGGGCCGCUUAGCGAAACAUUCGAGUCAAAAGUUGAGUGUGAUGAGACCAAGUGGUUCGUGGGAGCUAGAAGCGGUGAUAUUGCCUUACAACACAAGCAGGCGAGCGGCGGUUCAAAAGGGGAGUGCAUAUUUGAGCAUUUGGACACUAUUUGGAAGCUGGAGCCGUUGAAAACGGGCUCGAAUGGGAAUGAAAGGACUAAGGUUGAUUUGACCGUUCGCUUUCAAUUCCGGAGCCCCUUGCACGCAGCUAUGAUGACAGCGGUCGAAAAUCAAAUGGCAGGGUUGAUGAUUGAGGCGUUUGAGAAGCGGAUGAUUGAAGGUGGGAGGAGGUGA